AUGUUGGAGGUGGACUCCUGUGGUCCCCUGGUGGGUCCCCUGGGGCCGGCAAGCAGGAUGCUGACCGCCGAGGAGCCCACGGAGCCCGCAGAGACCGGCUGCCCGGAGGAGGGUGGUGGGCCUGGGGCCGACCCCGAGGACGUAGCCGUGCUCUCCGGGGAGGACGGCCAGCCUGAGCAGAUGUUGCAGCUGCAGCAGCAGGUGGCCCAGCUGCACGAGGCGUUCAGGAGCCAGGAGUCCCGGUGGGCCGCGGCUCAGCGCCAACUCCAGAGCCAGAUAGACGCUCUCUCGCGACAGAACCAGGAGCUCCGGGAUGGACUGAAGGCCCUGGGGCUGCCGCUGCCGGGAGCCAGGGAGGCAGACGCAGCCGCGCUGGGCACCAGAAGGAAGCCGGACGCUCUGGUGUCACGAUCUGCUUUUGGGAAAAUGUUACCACUGUCAACCGAUGAAGAAACAUUAGUGAAACACGCAGGCCACAGAAGUCAUAGUGCUACUGUCUUAGGACAAGGACCGUCAUCUAAACAUCUCCCUUCUUCCCAGGCCACACGCUGGUCCUCCCGACGUCUGCAAGAACCCAGCGGCCGAAACCCGCCAGAGCCCACCAUGGAUGGUGUCAGGCUCAAGGAGGACCGCCCAGCCGCUGAGGAAAACGGCAUGCGUUCACUGCCUUGCAUGGGUCCUGAGGGCGGACUUCUCACCCCAGAGCAGACUGAUGGGUCCGCCUGCUCCCCGCUGGGCACUGCCGAGCCACAGAAUCCUCCUGUAGAGCCAGGACCUUCCCACAGGGACGCCGAGAUAAAGCAGGGGGACAAAGAAGAAGAAACGCGGCCCCCCGCCUGCGAGGUGGCUCAGGCACUUGGCAAUGGCCAUGAAGCCAUCACCUUCUUGAAGGGCGCCGGCAAGGACAGGGGGGCUGGCAAGAAGACCACCGUCCUGCGGUUUUUAAAUGGGGACGUGAAGAAGAUCCUGCCAGAUCAGAGAGUGAUCAAGCACUAG